UGAUCAGUGGAAUGGGUACGCGAACAGUCAUCCAGUGCAAGGCGUUAGUUUACUUGAAAAUUACUUAAAAAUCAUCGAAAAUUCAACUGGAAAAUUUAUAGAAAACUUUGAACAAUUGUGAAUCGUCGUUUUCUUUAUUUCAAUGUUAACAAAGUAUAUUUUGUUUUUGUAAUAACAGUUUCACGAGUGCAACGUUCAACAAUGGAGGCGAUUUUAUUGUCUCAGUCGUACUGGCAAACUGCUCUUUUCUAUUCACUUGUCGCCAUCACUACAACAUUAGUUGCCAUCUACUUUUAUAUCGAAAAUUCGCGAAUUGUUCGCUUAGGAAGCAAAAUUCCAGGGCCAAAAACAGUACCCUUUAUAGGGAACGCGUUAUUAACUGUUGGCCUGCAUCCAAAUGACGUUUUGAGCGAGCUGGAAAAAUACGAUGUGUUCGGACCUGUGGUUCGUGCCUUUCUAGGAAAGAAACUGUUCGUUUUCCUCUAUCAUCCUCAAGAUGUCGAAAUUAUUCUAAGCAGCAAUGUUCAUAUUGAUAAAUCUUCAGAUUACAGAUUCUUCAAACCAUGGUUGGGAGAUGGUCUACUAAUAAACAGCGGUGAAAAAUGGCGAACCCACCGCAAGAUCAUAGCACCCACGUUCCACUUGAACGUGUUAAAAUCGUUCGUUCCACUGUUUUACGAAAACAGCAGAGACCUGGUGAUUCGACUACGCGACAAAGUGGGAAAGGACUUCGAUUGCCACGAUUAUUUAUCAGAAGUCACUGUCAACAUCCUAUUAGAAACAGCAAUGGGACUAAAAGAGACUGAAAAACAAAAAUGUGGUUACGACUACGCCAUGGCUGUAAUGAAAAUGUGCGAUCUGAUCCACCGUCGUCAAUACCAGCUGAACCUGAGAUGCGAUUUCCUCUUCCAAUUCUCAAACUACGCGAAGCAACAGAAGAAGCUGCUGGGUACUAUUCACAGUCUGACCACGGAGGUGAUCAAAAAGAAGAAAGAAGACUACAAAAAGAUCAGCUUGGAGGAGGCUGCAAGUCCCCAAGAGACUCCCCUGAAGAAUGAUUCGAGUUCAGAGGUGAAGGAUGACGAUAAGACGAAGAUGCGCUAUGUCAGGGACGAUUUGGAUGACAUCGAUGACAACGAUGUGGGGGAGAAGAAGAGGCUAGCUUUCUUGGAUCUGAUGCUGGAGCUUGCUAGGGCUGGUUCCAAUCUCACGGACGAGGAGGUUAAGGAGGAAGUCGAUACUAUUAUGUUCGAGGGACACGAUACCACGGCUGCAGGUUCCAGUUUCGUUCUCUGCGCCCUUGGAAUUCACCAGGACAUCCAGGAACGAGUGUACGAGGAACUGAAUGAAAUUUUCAACGGGUCUAACAGGCCUUGCACGUUUCAAGACACUUUGAGGAUGAAGUAUCUGGAAAGAGUGAUUCUUGAGACUUUGAGACUCUUUCCACCUGUGCCUGUUAUCGCGAGGAUGCUCAAAGAAGACGUGCAAAUUGUGACUAAAAAUUACGUGUUACCAAAGGGUUCUACAGUCCUAAUUUCACCCUACAAGGUCCACCGAUUAGAAGAAUUCUACCCAAACGCUUACGUAUUCGAUCCUGACAACUUUUUACCAGAACGAAUGCAAAACAGGCAUUACUAUUCCUACAUCCCCUUCAGUGCAGGGCCCAGGUCCUGCGUGGGAAGGAAAUACGCCAUGUUGAAGUUGAAGGUUUUAUUGUCGACGAUCCUGCGGAACUACAGGAUCCUGUCGGAUCUCACGGAAAAGGACUUCCGGCUGAAGGUCGACAUAAUUCUCAAAAGGGUGGACGGCUUCCAAAUAAAAAUCGAACGUCGAAACAAUAGCAGUCAAGACGUUCGCGCUUGAAAUAGAAUUUUUACACUAAAUUUAAAAAAAAAAAAAAAAAUACAAACCAAUUUCUAAACACUUCCAAAACGAAAUCAAUUGGCCCUGAAUCAGUAAAAAAAAUAAAAUAGUUACAAU